UUAUAUUCAUUUUAUUACUGUUGUAUGAGGAAAGUCGUCACAAGUGUUUUUAUUAUCCUGUUAGAACAAGACUUUACUUCUAUGUAUUUUGUAGAUUCAUUUGUAUAAAAGUUGAACCUUACCUAACCUCAAUUUUAUCAUCACAGCACACAGCAUGUUUUCAAUUUAUGCUAGUGGAUAACUAUACUUUAUGAACAUUUAAAAGGGCUUCCGGUCAUUCCCUUCAGUGGUCAAGAUGAUAAAAACCCGCUCGGUUCCAAAACACUUUGAACCCGAAAAUGUCACCUUUUCAAUAUUCACGGAAAAGGAGAUUAAAGACAUCAGUGUACUGCAAAUUGUGACCCCUUUAACAUUAGACUCACUGGGGCACCCCAUUUUGGGGGGAUUGUAUGACAACAGACUUGGUCCUUGCACAGACCGAAGUGCUCCUUGUGGAACCUGCAACAAGAAUAUUACAUUAUGCCCUGGGCAUUUUGGCUUUAUUGACUUACCGGUACCAUGUGAAAAUCCUUUAUUUCAUAAAGUAAUUGGUACAAUACUAAGAUACUCCUGCUUAAGCUGCCAUAGGCUCCAGAUUACGGAAGUAACAAGAAAAAAAAUUCAAGCAUUAAAAGAGCAAAAUGGUGAAGAUGUCAUUCAAAUGUCGGUUAUUAAGCUUAUUUUGGAAGAGGUGAAAAUGGGUAAAGGGUGUCUUUUCUGUAAAGCAAGUAUGGACAAGAUACAGGUUUUGGCUAAUAGGAUUUUGAUGGUCACCAGAAGGCUCGACAAGUCCAUUACCAAUCAAAAAAAUAAGAUACAGGCCAUGGAAUCAAAAUAUAUUAACCCAUCGGAGGCAAAGAAUUAUUUGAGGGAAAUUUGGACCAAUGAGGAGGACCUUAUUAGGAUAAUUGCUCCAGUUUUAGAUGAUAUUGCCUCCGAAUAUCCAACAGAUGCCUUUUUCUUUCAAGUUAUCCCAGUUCCUCCACCGAACGUACGUCCUGUUAACUAUUUGAAUGGCCGAGUACUAGAAAACCCUCAAACUACUGUCUAUAAAAAUAUAUUGACUAACGCCUUGGUCAUGAACCAUCUUAUAAGAGUUGUCCAGAAAAAAGGUGAUACAAGUGUUUUAGUCUCGAAAGAGGCUAAAGAGUUUUAUGAUGCUGCCAAAGGAAAAACUCCAAUCGAAAAGCUGAAUAACUGUUGGGAAGAUUUGCAAAGCGAUGUUAAUGGAUUGUUAUCAAAAGAUCCUGGAAUGAAUAGAGAGGGGAUUGGAUUAAAACAAAUCAUUGAGAAGAAAGAAGGGAUAAUUCGACAACACAUGAUGGGAAAACGUGUAAAUUUCGCCGCUAGGUCAGUUAUUACUCCAGACCCUAAUCUGGAUGUAGGUGAAGUGGGAAUCCCGGAAGUUUUUGCCAAAAAGCUCACAUUUCCUGUUCCGGUUACCCCAUGGAACGUUGAGCAACUCAGACAGCUUAUUAAAAAUGGUCCAGAAGUUCAUCCAGGAGCGGUUUUAGUGGAGAUGGAAGACGGUUCCAUUAAAAGAAUCAAUCCAGAAAACAAGACACAGCAAGAAAGCUUAUUAAAGAUUUUAUUAACACCUCAUAAUCAACGUAGAGGAGGUUUCCAAGGAGUGAAAAUCGUGCAUAGGCACCUUCAAAACGGUGAUAUUUUACUGUUGAACAGACAGCCUACAUUGCAUAAGCCUUCCAUAAUGGCACAUAGAGCAAGGAUUUUGAAGGGGGAGAAAACAUUAAGGUUGCAUUAUGCUAAUUGCAAAGCAUACAAUGCAGAUUUUGAUGGUGACGAAAUGAACGCUCAUUUUCCUCAAGACGAAGUUGCCAGGAGUGAGGGAUAUAAUAUUGCCGAGGUGGCGCAACAGUACCUGGUACCCAAAGACGGUACUCCUCUAAGUGGCUUAAUUCAAGAUCACAUGAUUGCUGGAGUAAGAUUAUCGUUAAGAGGGAGAUUUUUCGGAAGAAUGGACUAUCAUCAACUAGUGUUUCAAGCACUCUCGAACAAAACCGAUGAGAUCACGCUACUGCCUCCGUCAAUAUUAAAACCCCAACCUUUAUGGUCGGGUAAACAAAUCUUAUCCACGGUGCUUAUAAACAUCAUCCCGAAAGGUAAACAACUGAUUAACUUAACGGCUUCCUCCAAGAUAUCCGCGAGGGCAUGGCAGAAAAAUAAGGAGAGGCCUUGGAAAGCUGGCGGGACCCCUUUUAAAAACCAAAAUACCAUGACCGAAGCCGAAGUUAUUAUACGGGAAGGCGAACUUUUAUGCGGAAUCUUGGAUAAAACCCAUUACGGGGCCACCCCGUACGGUCUGGUGCAUUGCGUUUACGAGCUUUAUGGUGGAAGAUACGCAAUUACGUUGCUUAGUUCGUUUGCAAAGCUUUUUACCAGAUUUUUGCAACAAGAAGGUUUCACUUUGGGCGUACACGAUAUUUUGACGGUACGAAAGGCCGACAAGAGCAGAAAGAAAAUUAUCCAAGAGUCCAGGCAGAUCGGCAAACAGGCCAUUGCCAAUGCCUUGGAAAUUCCUGUCGAUAGCGCGAGCGUUGAAGAAAUGGCCGAAAUGGUUGAAGAAAGGUGUGCUGUAGACCCGAAAUUUAGACAGAUAAUCGAUCGUUCGUACAAAUCAUCUCUCGACUCUUUUACAAACGCGAUUAACAAAUGUUGCCUACCAGCCGGCUUAGUUUGCAAAUUUCCGGAAAAUAAUUUACAAUUAAUGGUUCAAUCUGGUGCGAAAGGUUCCACAGUAAACACUAUGCAGAUUUCUUGUUUGCUGGGACAAAUUGAGUUGGAAGGCAAGAGACCUCCCGUUAUGAUUUCAGGAAAGUCCCUUCCCAGUUUUACAGCCUUUGAAUUCACCCCCAGGGCAGGAGGUUUUAUCGAUGGUCGUUUUAUGACCGGAAUUCAACCACAAGAGUUUUUCUUUCAUUGUAUGGCAGGUAGAGAAGGACUUAUUGAUACAGCAGUAAAAACUAGCAGAAGUGGCUACUUGCAGAGAUGUCUUAUAAAGCACUUGGAAGGUCUUCAUGUGGGAUACGAUUUAACUGUUAGAAACAGUGACCAAAGUGUUAUUCAGUUCCUCUACGGCGAAGACGGCAUGGAUAUUUUCAAGUCUCAGUUUUUCAAUGAAAAGCAAAUGCAAUUCUUGCAAGAUAACGCUAAAUGUAUCAUUCAAAAGGAUAUAUUGCACCAGUUGGAAAAGGAGGAAGAACUGCAACCGGUUGAGGAAUAUCGCGCCAAGUUACAAAAUUGGAUUAAGAAAAACGGGUCGCCGUUACAAAAAGAGAAAAGUUCGGCUUAUUUGUGCUUUGCGCAGAGUUUAAAGGAGAAAUAUGGUAAAGAAGUGAAACGAAAGAAAAUCGAGAAGUUAUGGAGGGAAACCAAGAAAUCGAGCGAUUUGGAGCAAAUUUUGAUAGACCAGUUGGUUUGUCCUGACCCAAUAAAUUCGGUCUUCCAAUCGGACCAUUACUUCGGAACCCUAAACGAACGCCUGGACUCUCUAAUGACCAAAUUCACCGAAGGCAAAAAGAAAAAAGAGAAAAAACAAUUCGAGAAAAUGUUUAAAUUAAAGGGCAUGCAAAGCAUGUGCGCUCCUGGCGAACCUGUCGGGCUAUUAGCCGCGCAAUCCGUAGGCGAGCCUUCGACCCAAAUGACCCUAAACACCUUUCACUUUGCCGGCCGUGGUGAAAUGAACGUGACCCUCGGUAUACCGCGUUUAAGGGAAAUCCUGAUGAUGGCUUCGAAAAAUAUCAAGACGCCCUGCAUGGAAAUUCCGUUUAAGAGUGUAGACAACUUGGAGGAAAGAGCGAGAGAGCUUAGGAAACUGCUGACCAGGGUAGUGGUGGGAGACGUUUUAGAAAAAAUUGACGUGACUGUUAAUUUGGAUUUGAAUCCCGUUAGGCAGCACAGAUAUACCUUAACUUUUCAAUUCCUACCCUCAGAAUGUUAUAAUCAAGAUUACCUGGCAUCCAUUAAAUCAAUUCUAAAACAUAUGAAAAAAAAGUUCUUCAGGGAAAUGUUUAUUGCUAUAGCGAAAGUGUCGAAAACAAAAUCAAACCUGGUUUCUAUGGAACAAGCACCAAAAACUAAUAUAGAAAACGAGGACAGUGACGAUGAAGUACCCAAGACAAAAAUCCCAUCGAAAUCAAAAUCUGUGCCGAAAAAUGACGGAGACAGUUCCGAAGAUGAGGUUGAGGAUGAAGAAGACGCGAAACUAGUUACAAAAUACCGAGAUCAGCAAGAGGAUCAGGACCCAGAAGAUGAGGAAGAGAAAAAGGAUGUCGAAAGUGAUGAAGAAAUCGAGGGACCGGAGCCCGAUUAUGCCGAAGACCAAUCCACAGAUAACACGGUUUUGGAAAAAUAUAAUUUCGCCAAUGAGUACAAAGAAGAUAGAGCGCACCAUUGGUGCAAACUGACCUUUAGUUUGCCCAUGGAAUACAAAAAGUUGGAUUUGACUGCUAUCUUGAGAGACGUCGCCGCUAAAAGUGUUAUCUGGGAGACCCCGAAUAUUAAAAGGGCGAUAACUUACGUGAAAGAUCACGAAUUGAUGAUGAGAACCGAUGGGAUUAAUGUGGGAGAGAUGUGCAAAUACCACGAUUUACUACAGUUAGAUCGAUUGUAUUGUAACGAUAUUCACAAAAUGGCCGAGACUUAUGGAAUCGAAGCCGCCUCAAAAAUCAUUGUUAAGGAGGUCAAAGACGUCUUUAAUGUAUAUGGCAUCAAGGUGGAUCCGAGACAUUUAUCCCUUAUAGCAGAUUAUAUGACGUUUCAUGGUACUUUUGAACCUUUAAGUAGAAGAGGAAUGGAAACCAGUCAUUCGCCUUUACAGCAGAUGUCUUUCGAGUCGUCUUUGCAGUUUUUGAAAGGUUCUACUAUCAUGGGGAAAAAAGACGAUUUACAAAACCCCUCUAGUAGCCUUAUGCUCGGAAAACCGUGUAAUACGGGUACUGGGUCGUUUAAGCUUUUACAUAACAUACCGAAAUUAAGUGUGUAAGUUUUAAUGUUUUUUUUAAAAUAAAACCACAAAAGUAAAAAAAAAGUUUA